GAACAAGCUCUGUUUCCUCACUAUCCUGAGCAGCACACUGGAAGACACUUCUCGUUCUACUGCAGAUCACUAAACAGCUUCAUAAUGAGUUUGUUUUGAGAUUUUCACAUUUAAAUUCUUAAAAACAGGCUUCUUUUUUCCCUUUACAGCUUAACUUCGUUAUUUUCCGUGAGCUUUGAAGGGCAAAACCUUUUGACAGUGUAAAGGAAUACUGUCUGAAAAAGCCUGCCGCUCCGAAUUGCGCGAGUGCGGAACUGCGUUUACUUUUCAGUUUAAUUUCUAGUGAUAUUGACAACAUGUACAACAUGCUGGAGCACCAAAUGAAAUCGUCCGUCCAGACGCACCAGCCAGGACCUGGGAUGAUCCCUGGCAACGGGCCAGGUGUGGGCGGUGCACACACAGGUAGCAAGACCACAGCCUGCCAGCCUGGCUCCGACCCCAUGGACAAGGUCAAACGGCCCAUGAACGCCUUCAUGGUCUGGUCUCGAGGCCAGCGGAGAAAAAUGGCUCAGGAGAAUCCCAAAAUGCACAACUCUGAGAUCAGCAAGCGCCUGGGCGCCGACUGGAAGCAGCUGACGGACGCGGAGAAGAGACCCUUCAUCGACGAGGCCAAGAGGCUGCGAGCCCAGCACAUGAAGGAGUACCCCGACUACAAGUACAAGCCCCGCCGCAAGACCAAGCCCAUGCUGAAGAAGGACAACCUGGUCAACAACUACAUGAGUCCUGGCAUGCUGAGCGCCCCCACAGCUCAGGGGCCCGGGUCCAACCAACGGAUGGACAGCUACGGCUGGGGCCCGGCGGGGGGGUACACCGGGAUGCAAAACGAAGCGCUCAGCUACACCCAGCAGCUGCACCGCUACGACCUGUCAGCACUGCCGUACCCCUCGGGCAUGGCCUCAGCUCAGGCCUACAUGAACGGAGCCAACUCAUACAGCCCCAUGUCCUACAGCAGCAGUCCCCAGCAGCCCAGCCCGGUGAUGAAGCCAGACAGCAUGGCCCACUCCCCUACAGGCAGCCAUCCCCACGCCCACCAGAGGGGCCUGCAGGGGGACCUGAGGGACAUGAUCAGCAUGUACAUGCCACCCGGAGAGUCCACAGACCCUAACGGUCAGAGAGGCUACUCAAACAUCCCCCAGCAUUACCUCGGAGGCUCGGUACCUCUAACUCACAUCUGAGAGGCCGGACUCGGACCUUGGAGGUUUUAGGAAACUUUCAUGCUAAUUUUCAGUCUUUAGCACUGGCCUGGGAUUGGCUGUGAGCCGUCUGGCAGGGUUUCACCAAGAGGCCGAAGAGAGAGAAAACGACGACCCAUCACCAAAUGAAGGAUGGGAUGGUGAAUGUUUUCAUGACGAAUAAACCUAUUUUUAUGUUUCGCUCAGUGUCGGAGGAUAUCCUCUUGACUGAUAAAGGGCAAAAGGACAAAUUAACGCCAAGCAGAGAAUCCACAAAGAGGCCCUGUUUGGGUAAACAUUUCUAACAGCCUGGGCUCACUGGAGACUGGUCCAACCUGCCAUGUCUGAACUGUCAGAGACAUUGACAAUCCCAAGUGUUGCACUCAAAUGUCUUUGCAAAAAAAUAGUAAAUUGCCCCAAAAUGGGUCUAUACUUGGUGUAAUUUAUAUUAAACAACAGCUGAAUACAGUUCUGUUUCCAAAUGAUAAUGAACUUUUGUUUGUUUGGUGAUUUUAUACAUGUUUAGCUUUAGUUCAAUACUUUGUCAAAUAUAGCCCAGGCUAUUGUAAAAUAAAACAAAUGUCUUUUUUUUCCAAACCCCCUUACACUAAGGGCAUUGCUGUAUGAAGUAACAUGAUGUCACUGGUGUAAUAAAUACAUAAAAUUA